AUGAGCACUCUUCGCAAGUGGAGGAGCAGGCCGGCCGCGGGCAAGUCGCCCUCCGACUCGGCCGAGCCGCAGCCCAAGGACUGGGGCACCAAGGAGGUCGCCCGGUUCCUCGAGCAGCAGGGCCUCAACGCCUACGCCCCGGCCGCCAAGAAGUCCAAGCUCAAGGGCACCCACCUCCUCAACGCCGCCUCCACGCCCUUCUUCAUGUCGUCCCACAUCUCCCCGCCCACGACACCUUCUUCUUCUUCAUCAUCACCAUCAUCAUCGACCCAGCCCUACGCUGCCGCCGGCGAGUCGAAGCCGGGCGGCCCGCCGCAGCUGCGGGUGUCGACGUCGUCGCCCAACUUCGGCACCCUGGCCCGGUCCAAGAGCUUCAUCUUCGGCCCGGCCGGGCCGCGGCGCAACGCCAACCCGGCCGGCCCCGGCGGUGGCUGUGAGUCGGAGGCCGCCCUGCGCCGGCUGUGCGACCAGCUGGGCGUCCUGUCGGUGGUCGACAAGCGGCGGCUGUGGCUCGCGCUGCUGAUGCUCCAGCGCCAGCAGGACGAGCUCCAAACCCAGGCCCAGGCCGCCAAGCACUACAACAACGGCGGCGGCCGGGCAAAGGCGGCGGCUCAGCCGGUGGUGGGCCUGCCCUGCGCGAUCAAGCAGUUCGCGGCGUCGGAGAAGUGCAUCGCCUUGCGCAGGGACGGACUGGCCACGCGCCUGCGCUCGAACUCGGCCACGCCGCCCCAGCCCGCACCCGAGGUGUUCGGCGGCGACAGCGGUGGAGAUGCCAAGGCAGCGCCGGCGGUGGUGGCGGUCGAUGACCCCGUGGCCGGGGAGGAGGCCGGGCGCAAGAGAUCGUCGUCGUUCUCGUCGGUGCCGCUGAUCACCAACUCGGACGACUUCCUCGCGGUCGCGCCGACGCAGCCCGCCCAGGCCCCGGCCCAGCCCGCCGCAGUCGCCGAGGCCGCUCCCCAGUCGCCGGUGCGCUCGCCGGGGCUCGAUCAGGCGCAAGGUCAGCCGCGAGCAGGCCAGCGCCGCUGGCCUCCCGGACGACCUCGUCGCGCCCUGUCGACAUCGGGCAGCUCGUCGCCCACCCGUAAGAACCGGUCUUCAAUCGGACCGGUCGCCACCAUCCGCAAGUGGAUCACCCCGGCGGCCGCCGCCCAGGCCGCGCCCAGCGUCACCGUGGCCCAGACCGACUCGCCUUCGUGUUCUCUUUCGUCGUCUUCGUCAUCGUCUUCGCUUUCGUCGUCGUCUUCGUCAUCGUCGGAGGAGGGCUCCAGGGUCCCGCUGCCGGCUAUUCCGUUGGCCACGUCGUCGCGGGCGGUCAGGACCGCGGCCGCCUCUUCGCAGCGCUCGCCGGCCAAGCCGCAACAGGCGCGGCGCAAUCCUACCCUGACCUACGCCGAGCGACACGGCGUGGUGGUCGUCAAGUGCUGCCUGCAGCUGUCAGCCCUGACCGUCAUCGACACCUGCUCGAUGUCCAUCGUGCCCACCCGCCGCGUCUCGAGCGACAGCGACAGCGACGAGUACGCCAGGUGGUCAUCGUCGGGCGACGAGCUGCCCGACGUGGAAGAGCGCCAGCUGCGGCGGAAGAAGGCCGAGUCGACCUACCACGACGACAUCUCGCUGCUGCGGCUCGACGCCCGGCGGCCGCUGCUCUACGCCGACCUGAUGGCCGAGGUCCACCGGCUCCACGGGCCGCUCCUGCUGGCCAUCCUGAUGCAGGAGGGCGCCAAGGGCGUGGUGCGGAUCAGCUACCGGGACGUCGAGGGCGACCUGGUCGGAAUCCAGAGCGACGACGCCCUGCGCUACGCCUACGAGGACUGGCGCAAGCAGGCCCGCCGACGGCCCCGCAAGCACACCUUAAUGCGGCUCCUCGUCGAGGUCGAGUCCACCUCGCCCCGGUGUAACAAGUAA